GUUGCAGAUGUGCGUGUCUCGGUGUUUGUGCUGUGUGGGCGUGGUUCUGGUUGUCUUAGCAAUAGUCUGCUUCCUGUCCAACCUCUUCCUGUUGUUUCCAAAUAUGGACACGCGCUUCCUGCUGGAGGGUCAUGUGACCAGAGAGGCGCUGUGGUGCACGGGAUUAUGGGGAUCCGGCCUCACGGUGGCCUUGGGGGGGCGCUCUUUCCUCAUGUCCAGUAGAACCACAGGCUGCUGCGUCUUCAGGAGUAAGAUGCUGUCCAUGGUCCUAGUGUCUCUCGUCUGUUUGGCGGCGGCUGCGUUCUCGUGUCUCACCUCGGUCACUGGUUUGGUCCAGGGCCCGAUGUGUCUCUACAACGCCACCUCUGGGCCAACGUGGGGAGUGCCUUUGGGGCCCACAGCAGAUAGAGACCCUGGGUACCUGUGGAACCGGUCCAUCUGGUCUGGGGUCUGUGUGGAGCCUCGGGCCGUGGUCCAGUGGAAUCUGGUCUGGUUUGGUCUUCAGUCCGGGUCCAGUCUAGUCCAGACUUUGCUCUGCGCGAUCAACGUCCUCAACGCUCUGACCGGAGUCGUGCUCGGACGAGGACUACACCCCAACAAGGUUGCUCCGUCUAAAGUCUGAGGUUGUCGUUGUGGAAACAGAUCCAGAUUUAAACUGCACUGAUGCACUUUA